AUGGAUGAAAUCGGUUCACAACCACGACAACUUCCCAUAUAACUCAAUUUUGAAUUCCAUCUUAUUCCUUUACUUUAUAAUGUAAACAUAAGGAACCAAUGAAGAUAGCGGAAUAAAUCACUUGUGAACAAAUUUUCGAAAUCGGAUUAUAAUUUUUCAAUGCCCCGGAUAUCGAAUAUGAAGAACUCAGUGCAUUCUGGUAAUUUUUCACCGAAAAUAUCGUUACAUCUCUCACAUAUCUCAAUUUAAUUCAGAGGAAAUCCUUUUCUUCUAAUAGUGUGUCGCUGUACCAGAAAUGGUUAAAAUCGGGUCAUAGCUUCUCCUAGCUCUCAUUUAGCUAAUUAUAGGAUUUUCAAAAAUACGAUAGGCUUAAUAGCUUAUAAAUCGGUUAAUAUGUGAAAUAUUUUAGCCAAAUUAAAUGAGCAUAUAAUCUUAGAUAUAAUGUAUAUUGGUGAUGAAAAUUAGUGAAAUCGGUUCAGGAAUUACCUCAGCCUAUAUACUAUAUAAGAUGAUUUUCGUUUUCUUAUUGGACUUUAUGCCGAAUAUAUGGGUCAUAUUGUGUGUUUUCUUAAUAAAAAUAUAGCAAUAAAUUGCGAGAGUAUAAAAUGUUCGGUUGCACCCGAACUUAGCCCUUCCUUACUUGUUUUUGUACAAUUCGGCAAUAUCCCAAAAUAAUCCAAUUAAUAUAAAUUCUGAGAACCAUUGUGCUAUAGGUCAAAGUCAUUUAAUAAAACAUUGAAAUUGAUAUCGAUUGCCAAAUCUCAAUCCAAAUACCUUCGCUUAUAACAUAAUAUUCAUACUAGUGUAGGAAAAUAUGUGUACCCCUGAAUGAAUACACGAAAAAUAUACGCAAACAUAUGUACACUCGAAUAUUUACAGAUAAACUUGGGUAAAAUCUUUCGAUUGUAUGGUCAAUCGACUCGCUUGUGGUAAUUUUGUGGGCGUAUUGACUUAUAAUAGGUCAAGAACGUGCGCCGCAUACAAAAACGAGGUUGAAGGAUCGUCAUGUCAAUUUUAUUUCAUAUUAUUUUUGGUUCGCACAUUUUAUUAAAGUUCUUACUCCUCUAUGUAUAGCUCAGCGGUAAAUUACGAGAAAAUACAGUCAAAAAAUUAUAAAUACAAAUUUGCUGCUGUUGUUUUGAAUGGAAGUAGAAAGAGAAGAGAGAAUCAAAGCCAUUCUUUGGUGAAUGCGUACUUAAAAGUCAUAUGUGCCCAACGGUAACAAAACUCACUGAAUUGGUGCACCCUACCAAAGAGUAGACAAAGUCAUGCGUGAAGGCGCAUGCCACUACCAACAACAGAACAUCGAAUAUCAGCAAAGGAGGCAUUAGCAUUAGUCUGAAAUCUUAUGGCCCAGUAUAUGCAAGCUGCCGCCAUAAAUCAAUGUCAGACGCAAUCAUUUAAAAUCAAUCAAAAUGUGAGUAAGAGAGUGAGAGAACCGUUUGAACGGUAAUAGGUAGUAGCUAGAGGAUUGAAGUGGAUUGAAAGCACCGUAGCCACAAGCUGCCAUCAACCAACAGAAACAUCCAUGUGAACAAUAAACGCGCUUGGUCGGCAGUACCGAUUGACCGUUGCAUGCAGGAAUUGUCCACUGCUAGUGGCAGUUGCGCUUGAUUGGCUUAUGUUUUAAAGUUUUCUAUUUUUUGUCUUCAUUGGAGUAAGUGGUUGACAGAACGGAGGUUCGAACACGUUUGCAGCAGCUAAGACUUAAGUAACAUCGUGCGCACGUCAGUAUCUGUUGUCUACAAUCUUUUGGCUGGAUAAUAAGUCGCCAACACAGUCCUAUUGACCAUCUGUGUGUGAGGUCGAUUAGAAAUCUAAAUCACAGUUCGUAUAAAAUUACUGAUGGCAAUAUUUUUCCAUGUUUUGGAACACUUUUGCAUAACAUAUCAAGCUAUAUGUAAUUUCGUGAGAGCGCCCUGCUGCCCACUUAUAAAAUCGACGUUUGUCUUCCCUUUACCAUCAAACUUACAAUACACUAUACAUGUGCUGUCAAGCAAUGUGGGUGCUGCAUUACUAACGCCGCCAUUAUCUAAAUUUCUAUUUGUUUCUAAUAUUGAAUGCAGAAUUUAAUACUCUUAAUUCCUAUUAUAUAUUUAAUUGAAUUGAUUUCACGAGAUUUUCUGUAAAAUCAUGUAACUUAGUUUUCGAAGAAGCAAUGUAUCAUUACUUAAUGUAAUUUAAUUUUUGUUGUGCCUCCAUACAAAACUAAAAUUUCAAUCUACAAUUAGCCAAAGAGCUAGCGAAUGGCGACUGACUUUGAAUUUCUCCUCCCAUUUUUGAAACAUUCCUUGUAGGACAUUCAAUAUCCAAUAUUUAUCUUAUUCUGUAUGCUCUAACAGGUUAUAAAAGAACCCCAAAUGAAAACACCUCGGAAGAUGAAAACUGUGUACAGUACAUGCGAAGAAACAAAAUGGCUUUACCUUAUUAUUACAGCUUUUGUAUGCAGUUUAAACUUAUACUUGAUGCGAGUACGUUCCUAAUUGUUUUCACAAAUAGAAAUACUCUAAACUUAAACAAAUGGAAAAUACACUCUACACCCAUUUUGCUUUCGAAUUUUGAAGAAAAAAGGAAAUCAUCAGUCCAUUCUCGGUGACUGCAGACGCCAACACCAGACAAUUGAAAAACUUCUUAGCCAAGAAUUCGUCCGGUCGAAAGUAAUCGAAUUAUUUUCAGCAGAGUAAUUUCUAAUUGAAAAAUAUUGUGACACAGAGUAUGCGUAUGUGUGUCCUGUAUAAAAAAAUAUUUGUAUCAAAGCCUGGUGAACUUGGUGAGAAUUGCUCUCCCAUUUCUGCCAAAUCGAACGACGCCAUUUCAAGUCAAUAUCAAAGUUCUUCAUACACUGACAGUAAAGUAUCUAAGCAAACCGCGCAAUUGGGCCUGAAUUGGCCAAAUACGUAUAUGGUUUUCGGAUCAGAGCAAAGUAACACUAGUUUUGAGAACACUUUUCUAAAGUUUUGUCUCUAAAACACUGCUAGCAAAUUGUAAUGUUUUUGAUUUUGUCAAUGGCCUUGCAUGAAUGGCUGACAUUUUGAGGCGUGGUAGGAAUACGAGUAUUUUCGUGUAGGGGGGUGUGGGUCGCUAGCAAUUUCCUUUCGCCGCUCGAGUGUGUGCAUUCAAUUAGAAAUUGUUGUACUGCUAUCGCGCUGACACGCGGACAACAUACUGGGGAUGUGCUGUUUGUUGGCAAUAUGGGGUGAAGGGAUUUUCGCAGAAUACUUGUAAUUUAAUUUCCGUGUUGUGAACGUGUGGCGAAUUUCAAAAAAGCAUUUUGUCUCACUCGCCUGAAAAAUGUCCCACUUAGAAUGUAGCUUUAUAUAGCCCUCAUGAUAUAAAUAAUAUUAUUAAUCAGAAAUUUUAGCGAAGGCAAUUUUUUACACAUAGUUGUUACAUAGGCAUGUAUAACUAUUAGCAACAUUGUAAUUAUUGCAAAUUAAAAUUAAUUUAAUUAAAUUAAAUUAGCGCAGCGUAAUGAAAAGAUCUCUCUAAAUGACAUGUCUACCAUUUAUGAAACAAGUUUUGCCCAAAAAUGCAUACAUACAAACAUGUGUUGGAACUAAAACAAGUCACUAAGAAUUACACACUCGAAAUUUCGCAAUGACGCCUGCUCCCUGAUGACUGACAGCCGACUAGUCAUCAGUCACCAGCUUUCCCCUCUGUCUGUUGAAUUUGAACACGCACACGUUGCAAGUGUCAAGGCGCUUCGCCCGUGUUAAGCCUCUGACAGUGUAUUUGGUUGAGUUGCUAAAAAUCGUAAACAAAUCUAGAUCUGUUCGGAAUUUACGUCCUCAAAUAAAAACUAUCUCGAAGUUUAAAUUGAGCAUUUUUUCAAACUUUCCCGUUUUCAGCUAUAUACCCAUUUCCUCACGUUAAACGAUUCUGGAACACUUUUAGGACUCUUCACUGUUACGAUAACAAGUGUUUCAAGAGUUUGAUGAAACAAAUGACGGUGCAGGUUCUGUCCCUGGUGUUGUCGGAAAUUAGAGUUUUCGGUUAUCUAAACUACUAACUAGAGCCCCUUACGCAUUCUCAAAUAGGCAUUUUGGACAUUUGACAGCUCCUUCGCGAAUGGACAAAAGAUUCCAUGCUGCCACAUCCGAACGAUCCACAAACCGCGCUUCAGGUCGAGGGCACUGAAGCGCUAGUUUUGCCAACUCAUAUCAUAAAUCGCAUAUGAGACGAGUAUUGAACAACGAAAUAAAACGCACAUAAAUCAAAAUGGCUGGACGGACGGACGUACUGACGGGCGACCGGAUAAAGGUAAGCGGGAGAGCGGCCAUUCCAGCAACUACCAGACAAACGGACAGAUGGGCAACCGACGGUCAGUGUGGAAUGAAUGUGUACGGUUCGCCCCUAGUAUGCGCAUAUAUACAUAUGUAUGUAUGUAUGUAUAUCAUGCCGAUUGAUGUCUUAGGGUGGAGAAAUAGCGGCAGAGUUGGUGAGGAAUGGAGUGAACGAUAUCAUGGGGAAUGAGAAUGAAAAAGGAAUAACGGCAACGACACGAGAGAUGUAUGUUAAAACAACAACAACGGCAUGAGAGAAAUGAGUUGUUAUGCCGGGGAGGGUGCAGUAAGAAUUUUUUGAUAGUUAGGUAGGCAAAGCAAACGCAGCUUAAGAACAAUCGAGGAUGAUGGUAGAAUAACAUGCAGCUAGAAUUGAAACGCAUUCAUGCUUUUUGUAUGUGGUUAUGUGUGUAGAUGAGUGAGCAGAGCGAAUUUAGAACAGAACGAAUGAAAUGACGACGGGUUGACUGGCUGUCAAAAGAACAAACAUGGGCGCACAGAGGCGAUGGCAACGCGAAAAAAACAAAAGCUUAGAAACAGCCAGCAACAGCAAAUACGAACAUUAAGGCAUUAUCAAGAGCAUAUCCGCUACCACAAAAAAAUCAAAUGACAUCAUACGAACGAAGAAACAAGCAAUCGUUAUAUACCUAUAUGUGCAUACAUAGAAAUGUCAAAAACUCACAGAAAAAUUUUUGAAGAGUUACAGAAACUGUUGUUUUUAGGAAAAGAAAAGGCCUUGAUAUCCAGUAAAACUAUCUCUAAAAAUAAGACUAUACCAGAUUUGAUGAUUUAAAAAUACUUCUCAUGAUUUUUUUUAAUUCACUCAUAUCAUUAAGACUGCACAGGUACACAAUAUUAUGCAUAUUCUGUUUAAAAAAUGGAUGUAAAAAGAUGUACUAUAUGAAACAUUAUUAAUGUUCCACGAAAAUGAAUACACUACACUUCCCAUUUACGUAUGUAUGAUUGUAUAUAAUAUGUACAUUCGUACAUGUAUGAGUAUAUAAAAAAGACAGGUGGUUAUUUUUAUUCCAAAAGCAUAAUGCAUAAUCAAUUAAACAGACCAGAAAAAAUUAUCAACUUUUACAACCUAAUUACAAGAAAACAAUUGAGUUUGGAAGAUUUAUUGUUUCACGCAAUUAGCGCUUUGAUAUGCGCGAACACACCGAAACUCAGGCGCAUGAGUGCCGGGAAAAUGAUCGAAGGGCCGCUUAAAAACUGCGUUCGUACAAAGAAUUAUGGUAACGCAAUUAAAUAAUCAACUGAAAAAUGGGAGGAAUACAAAAGCGGCAGCAUUACAACAAGUAUGGAAAUAAUGUACUGAUUACCAUACAUACUUAAUGAAGCCAUUUAAAUAAACACUCACCACUCAUGUGGACGGACAGCAACACAAAGCUAGAACCAUUCAAAACAAUGCCGCAAAACAAAUCCUGGCAGUGCAUAUUAAUGAACAUAUGUACACACGCGGAGCCGAAGUUGGAGGAGUAGCACGAUUACGAAUAUGAAAAAACUCACCGAUUCGCCAAAUAUUUAACAACAACGACAUUUGGUAAGGACUCUUUUACGCUUUUCACUUUCAAUUGAAAUUUAACUUUAAUGUUUGUUCUCACAUUUAAGCGAAGACAAAAUAACUGCUUCACAAAUAUAUACAUAUAGUAAAAACAAGCAAACGAUAACGCAUCAUACAAACAACAAUAAAUCUUAACAAAAUUUUGGUACGGUGAGGAGCAACCGAUGACAAUUCUCUCUUUAUUCCUCAUAGUUGCUCAAGCACCAAGGAGAUAUUCUCUUUGCUAACGAAAUUUAUCUACUACAUAUACAAGAAAGUCCGUUUUGCCACUUUACUACGCCAGACGCGUUGUUGUCACAUUUAUUUUUGUUGGAUAUCUCUGCUUUGCUCAUUUGUUAUUGCGGCCGCCUACUUAUGCUGCAUGAACAAUAAAAAGUCAAGUUCAAUUUGAUUCAUUCAUUGUUGCAUCUUACAGCUGUGCCAAGAUAGUACAAACGCUGAAGUCGAUUUUACUCGACAAUGAAGCACGGCAAAUUAGAGUAUUUGUAGUCACUAUCCUGACGUCUGAGAACAUAAUGACAAUUGGCCAGAUUUCAGCGGCGGAAAAUUAAAUAUUCAUAUAUAAAACGCUGAGGCACUUCCACUAUUGUUAGAUAUAUGAAAUAAAUAUUCACGAUGUGCGCUUACUGUUUGGAUAAAGGGGUGCAAAAGUUAUUGCUAGUGAAACAGAAUAACUGACUUUAAAAAUAUACAUUUAUGUAAUGUAUGUAUGUAUUCAUAUGAAUGAAUUAGUAUCAUUAAAACUGACACUCAGAAAUUCAUUAAACAUCUACGGAAUGGGUAUGAAAAAAUAAUGGUGGAAUUAUCAGCAUGCUUAGUUAUAGUAAUGAACUACACAUUUCUUUAUCAAAUUGUUUGCAUUUAUAAUAUGCACGCAUUUCAUGGGAUUUUUAAUUUGCUUGAGAAGCAACAGUUAGUCCAGGUGACAACAUUGUGAUACUCUUCAAAUAGGUGUUACUAAUAAACGUACAUACAUACAAUAUACGUGUGGAUAUACUUAUAUAAAACAAGCCCUACUUUUUCACCCAUUUGACAGAAAUUGGUUCAAAUAAUGCCAAAACUAAAAUUAAAAUUUAAUAUAUCCACAUAGUUUUGUAAUUCGUAACUCAAGCUUAACUCACCGCUCUCAAACGCAUUUGAAAAACUCAACAAUAAAUUUAAAUGUUGCGCAACAUCGUUGAGUAUUUCCAGCAACAUAUAUUUGAGCGCUUGCACUUCCAGCGCAACAUUUCCAGCUGGUAUUAAAUAUAUUAAACAGAGUACAUAUGUAUAUAUGUGUGCAUUUCUAAGUUUAUUUGCUCAUACUACAUAUGCACACUCAUAAACGGAAUUGCACGUGUAUUAGAAAAUUUGUAGAUAUAUUAAUAAGUCGAAAACAAUAUUUCCCAAGCUUUAACACAAAUCAAUAAGUGAACAAACUAAGGUGAUAUUUUUUUAUCAGAAAGAUGCCAAUAAACUCAAAUUUGUCUUCAUCCAUUGCUGUAUAAAGAAGAAAUUUUGUGGAAGUUUUAGCAGAGUUUAAUUUUUAUUCGAUUUAAUACAAUCUCUCGCAAGCCAAAGUAUUAUUUCAUAAAAUUGUUUCCCAAUGUGCGGUUGCACUGUACGCAAACAAAAUAGCCGGUGAUGCUUUCAUAUAAAUAUUUCCUGCAGGGCAUUCUCUCUUUCGCUCAAUCAACAGAUUCCGGCAACAUUACUUAUUUUCCGCGCAACAUUAACACCUCACUAAACCACCACCAACGCUUCUGCAGUAAUCGGCAACACUGAGACAUAUUUACUCGCACUCUUCCAACUUGAAUUCAUUUCCUCGGCAAUUCAUCAUCUUUACGAGAGUUCGGCAACGCUCGUGUUUCGUGCCAUUGUGUUUUUCAGUUUCAUACAUUCUGGUUUGUAGAUAUGUGCUCUUGGCUCUUAUUUGUUUUGCUUUCGUUGUGGCCGUUGCCAUGUUGCCGACUUCGGAGUAGUAGCGCGCGCCAUUGGCAACAUGCGAAAUAGAUUUAUUGGAAUGUAUAUGAGCUGAGCUCAUUGUAGAUUCAUUGUUAGCGUGAUGGUUUAGUUGUUGUUGUGUGAACACAUAAAAUAGACGUACGUUUAGCAGAGUGGUAGGCAGGCAGAAAGUAGUAAGCAGACAUCGGCAAGACAACAGGAAUAAGCAUCGAAGCAACUAAACUGUUAAACAGUGAAUGGCGGCCCGUAGUAGUCCGCGUGUGCUUACCGUAUUUUGUUAUGUUUUUGCGUUGUUUGCCGGGAGUUCUAUUCUUGCGUUCGCUGCUGCCGCGUAAAAUAUGCGCUCGAUUUUCGUUUGACGACGUAUUUUGCGAGUAGAUUCAAUACGAUUUAUAUAUUCAUAUGAAGAUUGGAUUAAUAUAAGGAAUAUUUUUUGCAAAUACAUGUGUUUAAAAAAUAAUAAUUUAUUCAAAUUAAUAAAAGUGUUUAAUGCGAAUUUAAGUGUUUAUGUACAAUGGCAUCUUAGUGAAUUAUAAAAAAUCUUGUGAUGAAAUUGUGAAAUUUUGAUAAUAAAAAAAUAGCUUUUGAACGCUAUGUGGCUCAUAAAAAACCGAAAAUGACAUGGAAAAUCCGUAGAAAAAUGUAUUUGGCGUGACAUUAGAAUCAACGAGCCGCUUUCAAUUAACUGCAAGCCUUUUGGCUUUAAAAUAACAAAACGAACUUUUCAGUUAUUAAUUUGGUUGCGUAUUUGUCGUACAACGCUUUAUGUCAAUUUUGAGUGUCGUGGGAAAAUAAUAAUCUGGUUAACGCAAUUUUUGAAGUUAUAAUUAAAUAAAAUAAAAAAUAUGAAAUGUAAAUAUAAAAACAUUAUAAAGUGGCAACUAAAAAUUAAAAAAUAAGUAUAUCUUUUUAAAAAAUAAGUAUUUUUUAAAAAACCAAAAGUGCGACAUUUCACAUAAACAGAAAAGAUUAAGUUCAAAAAUACCAUUCCCAUCUACAUUUGAUACAAACGUGCUUGAAGAUUUUAAAUGCUUUCGUAUGGUGUUAUUGGUCGCUGCUGUAUCCGUAAAUCUUAUCAACUGAAUAGCAUUGAACUUUUCAUCUUCGCGUCAUUGCGUCGUCGCUCCGUCAAUCUCUAAAACAAUAAAAGGGCAUAAAUGUCGCAUCCCCGAUGCCAAAAAUAAUUAAACGCAAUAAAUAAUAUCAGCAGAACGUAAUCAGUACCUUUCCAACGCAGCUAAUAAACGAUUCAGAAAGCAACGCGUGUUCAAAAACAAAAGUGCGUGUCAUUUCGUUUGAAUUGAGCUGUGAGUGCGAGAAUUAACGGCGUUCUUGUACACUUUAGCAAAACGUUAAUCAAAAAUGUGUGUGCAAAUCUACAAAAAUUUAGUGAUUUGCUAAUAACUAAAGUAAAAUCAUUUUGAAUGAGAGAACGGACAGCUAUAAAGCAAUCAUCUUCGUUUAUGGGUAAAAAAAGAAAAUUCACGCGUCAUCCACAUAAAAAUUUCGAAUAUUUAUGUUUGCCUCAUAGUCUUACGCUUGCGUUUCCUUGGUACUCCAUUCUUCUGCACAUACAAAUUGCUAUCGCCUCACUUUUAAUUUUGGUGCAGAUUAUUAUUUAUUUCUACUGUUUUCUCAACUCGCUCUAUAAAUUGAUGAGGACUAAGUUUUUGGGAAGCAAGUCAUACAAUGCGAGUUUUAAAGUCCACUUAACUUAAUCCAAAGAAUACAACUAAUAUUAAAAAUAGCUGUCGUACAAUUGUGCUUGUAAAUAGUAAUUCAAAAAUUGUGAUAUUGAUAUAAGUUUAAAAACUGCGAAUAACUUUGUAUUUGAAUAUAUGAAGUUUGUUAGCAUUAAGUUCGAAUCAACAUAUGUAUAUGAUAUAUAUAUUCUAAAACUACAAUCAUAAUCAUUCGGAGAAAAAAAUAAUAAAAUUGGGGGAGUAUUACUGCAUAACGUUUUCGUAUUACGUGUAACCAAGAGUUUCACUCCAAAACGAAUCAAAAUUGAAUGAGUAGAGUUUAACACUACUUUAUCACAGAAUCUACAACUUAUUUUUGGAGUUUUAAUUUACUAAACAAUGUUGGCUAACGUUAGAAUAAACCUCUACAAUUAGAAAAGUUAAGACGAUAUUAAACUUGAAAAGCAGAAACGCAAAUCAUUUUUAUACCUCAAACACUUUAAGCUAAUAACGAAUUGUAUACUGUACUUACAUAGGUGUUCAGAUUUAAGUUAGAAUCUACAGUACUGUAUAUAUACAUAUAUAAGUAUCCAUAUAAGUUGUAUAGCUGAAAACCAAGUAGCUUCAAGCGCCUGUACAGCAACACGAAGCCUAUAAGCGCACACGCCCAUCCAAAAACCGACUCCGCCAGCUCCAUCAACAAAAGUAAAGAAGUUUCCCAAGAAACAUUAUAUUCAGCAACCCGCUACCCCUAACCACGAUUAACACCGCCACCACGUUUACCACAGACACAAUAGAAUCCUUCAAUAUGACGAUGAGUACAAAUAAUUGUGAAAGUAUGGCGUCAUACUUUUCCAAUUCCUAUAUGGGACCCGAAAUGCACCAUGGUCACUAUCCGGGCAAUGGUGUUACCGAUCUCGAUGCACAACAAAUGCAUCACUACAGUCAGCAUCCAAAUAAUCAGGGCAAUAUGCCCUACCCACGUUUCCCGCCCUACGAUCGUAUGACCUAUUACAACGGUCAGAGUAUGGAGCACCAAGGUUACUCUCGUCCCGACAGUCCUUCCAGUCAGGUGGGUUUGUCACAACAGCCGCAAGUAAAUGGUAGUCCACUACUUCAGCAACAGCCCCAACCCCAGCAGCAAGUAGCGCAACAACAGGCGCAACAGGUUACGCAACAAGCACAGGCGACGCCUCAGCAUCAGCAACAUCCGCAAGUGACGCAACAGGUGACACAUCCAGCCCAACAACAGCAGCAACAACAGCCUGUAGUAUAUGCCAGUUGUAAACUGCAAGCAGCCGUGGGCGGCUUGGGAAUGGUGCACGAAGGUGGUUCACCGCCCCUAGUCGAUCAAAUGGGCGCCCAUCACAUGAAUGCACAGAUGAGUUUGCCACACCACAUUGGGCACCCACAAGCACAGUUGGGUUACAACGACGUCGGAAUCCCAGAUGUUAAUGAGGUUCAUCAGAAUCAUCAUCAAAUGAGCAUGUAUGGCCAACAACAGACUGGCAUUCCACCCGUAGGCGGACCACCACAAACCAUGAUGCAUCAGGCUCAGGGACCACCACAAAUGCAUCAGGGACAUCCUGGACAACAUACACCACCAUCACAAAAUCCAAAUUCGCAGUCAUCAGGGAUGCCAUCGCCAUUGUAUCCCUGGAUGCGCAGUCAAUUUGAACGCAAACGUGGGCGACAGACAUAUACCCGUUACCAAACAUUGGAGUUAGAGAAAGAGUUUCAUUUCAAUCGUUACCUGACAAGGCGGCGACGAAUCGAGAUCGCUCAUGCGUUGUGUCUCACAGAGCGACAAAUAAAGAUCUGGUUCCAGAAUCGACGAAUGAAAUGGAAAAAAGAGAAUAAAACAAAAGGAGAACCGGGAUCCGGAGGAGAAGGCGAUGAGAUCACACCACCCAACAGUCCGCAAUAAGACACUGAAAAUGAGGGAAACAAAGAGUCGCGCUUAAUCUAGUACCACAGUGAGACAGGGCAAAACACGCAAAUAACUUAUUGAACAUUGUCUGUCCUUCAUAUUGCUAAGGGAACGAUAUUUAAAAACGUGAUUUCAUGUACAUCUAAUGUUAGUAAAUUGAUUAAAGCACAUCGUCCUAAGCUAACGAGAGAAUGUAAUAUUAUUAGUUUAUUUUGUCGUACGGUUAUAUUACUAACAACUACAAUUUCGUAGUAUAAUGUUGCUAAAGUUUUAAUUUUAAUCUAAAAUUCACACAUUUGUAAGAAGAGUGAAAUCGAUUAUCGAAAAUGAAAUGUAAAUUGGAAUUAAAAUUGAAAAGCAUAUGAUAUACUAAAAUAAUUUUAUAUAUUUUUUCCAAAUCCGUAAACUUAAUUAGUUAAUUCUUAAAGGACAUUUGUUAUUAUUUUACUUAACUUGUAUUAUGAUGAUUUGCAAUGUGUACAUUAACAUAGCAUAGUACAUAGCCUACAUGCAAAACAUACGUAGGGUGUUAUUAGGUGGAGCAUUAAUUGCAUAAGAUAAUUAACUAAAUGGGUAAAUUAUUUAGCAAUGAUAAAGUAUCUAAAUAAAUAAACUCAACAAAACCAACUCAUGUGACCUCAACUUUAAAUAAGUUAUUGAUUAAAAAUAAAGUAUACACAACAAAUAAAAUAAUAAUAAUAAUAAAAUAAACUAAUAAACACGAAAUCUAACCAGUAUACUAAACAAAUGGGGAAAGCUAAUAAAUAUUCCAAAACAUAAAUGAAAUAAAAACUAUACUUAAAAUAUGGAAUAUGUACUCUUAUGUAAAGCAUAAGAAAUACUUUUUAGACAUUUUCAGCUGUAAUUAGAAUAAAAUAAAAAUACACACAUAAAUACGUAGUUCAAAGGGUCUUAAAAUAAUAUAAAUUAUAUGUAAUUUAAAGUUUAUAUAUAUAAUAUACAUAUAUAUAUAUAUAUACAUAAUGCAAUAAAAUAAUCGGAGGAGAAAAUACAAAGUCUCACUUCAUAUUUCCUCUAAGAGGUUCAAUAUGUUACCUGGUAUCAAAGAACGACCAAUAAACCAGAGUUCCGCAUUACUUUCCUUCUAAAUUACAAAAAUACGUAUGAAUUAUGUAUUCUACUAUCUCUACUUUCCAACGGCUUAUUGUCUGUCCAAUAAUUUUUAGAGACUAUAUUUUGCAAAAGCGCAGAUUUAUGUAUAAUUUGAAUGUUAAAAUAUUGUUAUCUUUUACAAUAGUAAUACAUUUUACUUUUACUUUCAUUAACAACAGUUCCAUUUUAUUGUUUCCGGUGAGACGCAUAUUCUUGGCAAAAUUUAAGCGUACUAUAAAGGCAAAUGUCUUGCAUGCAAAUGUAAGCCCAUAGAAAUAUAUGGUCCCAUAUAUUCGGCUCUUGAUUAUUUUAUUAAAUAUUCGAUUCUAGUAAACUUAAGGGCAAGACCAUUUGACCCUACUUCAACGGAAGACCUGGUUUGUAAUUUGAAUCGCACCUCAAGUAAAUUUUAUAUGUAUGUAUAUAUACAAAUUUGUGUAAUUAUUAUUAUGUAUGAAUAUUUCAAUACAUACAUGUAUAUAAAAGUAAGGAACGAUACCAAAUUUAUGUUGAAAUGAACUUUAUUGAAAAAUAUCUAAAUAAGUUUGAGGGUUUAUUUAUCCAAUUAAACAAAAACAAAAUAAAUAAAUGGAAUAAAUUUAUUUCAAUGAAUAUAGGCAACAUUUAAUGAUUUUUAGAGUUUUGCAAAUUUCGAUGAAUUCGGUUGAGACCGAUUCCCCUGUAACAGACAUAUAUGUAUUGAACUAAAACUAAACGUCAGUACUUUCAAUGUUUGUAGUAUUGGAUAUAUAUUUUUAGCUUGACCUAAGAGAGGAUAUUAUGUAUACCGAAAUUGAUCUAAAACUGUACAACAUUGAAUUAUGUUAUAUAAAGUAUUGGUACUUUGUAUUUAUCGAAAAGAUUCUUUAGUAUGGUGUUGAGAUUAUAAAAGUAAUACUUCUAUUUGCAUACUUUCGAAACAUGAAAAGCAUUUGUAAAUUGAAAUAAAAUAAAAGAAACCCACGAUGGUUAAAAAUAAAUUAUAAUGUGAAUUAGUAAAAAUGAUAGCUGUAACAGAAUGCUAAUAAUGACCCUGACAGACCGACACAGAUAAGAACAUAAGCAUAUUUAUAUAAUUAUAAGUACUUAUAGAGGAGAAAAUUAUCCACAUAUUAUUUCAUCAAACCUAAAAUAAACCAAAGCCAAAGUCAGCAAAGAAUCAGAAGUAGACAUAUAGUGUAUAAAUAUUAGAAGUUGUAUACAUAUAUACAAUACAUACAUAUAUACAAUCAUUCAACUUUAGUUAUUCCUAAAUCAGCUCCGCAACUGUACGUAUGUGUUUUAAAAGUUACAAGUUAGUACGAGUAAAUGGUUCAAGAAUUAAUGAUAGAUGCAUUAAUAAGAGUUCGCAUUGAGUAUAUUUGACGAAUAAUGUACCGCAUUGACAAAUGCAUAUAUAAACACAUAUGUCCAUAGUUGAAAAUUUUAGUUAAAUUCAGAGAUAUCUUUUCAAUUGAAAUGAAUUCAUUGUGAUCAAAUAAGUAGUAAUUUUGUAUGGAUUACAUUCGUAUGUAAGUUAAAUUAUUUUUGAUGGCAAACUUGCUACAACCAGGAUAAUACCGGAAUAAAGUUUACCAUAUUGCUGUACACUUAUGUUCUUUAACUUUCGUUCAUCAAUAAUUGGUGUGAAUUGGGAAUAAGAAGCAUUCAGAAUUAACACACGCGUCUAAAAAAAAAAAGAAUAUUCAAAAAUACGUAAAACUUGCGCCUAUCUGCGAAGACAGAGAUUGUAUUAAACAAAUAAUUUCCGUGUAAGGAUAUUGCAAUAUUGUAUGCAAAAAUGCGAGCAAAAUGUAUUUGCAAUACCAUGUCUAUGUUUACAAAGCUAAAUGUGAAAUAAAACAAAGAACUAAAAUAUAAUAGUUGUAUUAAGCAGUGGACAUUAGAAACUAGUUGAAAAAUAUAUAAAGUGUGCAAGUCAUUAAUUAUUUGUUGUAAAUAUAUAAAACAAUAUUACUUUUAGUCUAAAGAGAGGAAAUGAAGAAGCAAAGAUGCACAUUAAAAUAAUAUAUAAAAUUGA